AUGUUUUCGAGAAACGCCGUAGGAACAAUCGACGAUACGUGUCCUCCCACAAGCGGGGAGGGCUCAACCACAGGAUACUCGACGAAGGGUGUAUACGGCCUAAAGAAGUGUCAUGACUCCGAAGAAGCGGUUGCCGACAUCGUCUUCGUCCAUGGUCUCACAGGAAACCGCGAAACAACAUGGACCUCCAAAAACGGCGUAUUCUGGCCCGUUCACCUCCUCAAGAACGACGUACCUAGAACGCGCAUCUUCACGUUCGGCUACGACGCUGACGUUGUUCAUUUCUGGGCCGUGGCAUCGCAGAAUCGUAUCCGCAACCACGCAACGAACCUCGUUAAUGCGCUUGUGCAGCUGCGCGAGAGGACGGAUACGGAGGAGCGGCCGAUUUUGUUCGUGACGCAUAGCCUUGGUGGCCUUGUCUUUGAGGAUGCAAUGAUUGCCUCGCGGAAUAGUGCAGAGCCUCACAUCCGGCGCAUCUACGACGCGACGUACGGAGUCUGUUUCCUCGCAACACCGCACUGCGGAUCGGCGCUGGCGAACUGGGCUAGCGUUCUUGGUCAGAUCACCGGCGUCGUCAAGAGGACGGACGCGAGUCUUUUGAGAGCCCUGCAGCCCGAGUCCGAGGUACUGGCGCUCAUUCAGACGGAUUUUCAUAAUAUGGUUAGGAGUCGACAGGAUCAGGGGCGGCCGGCGUUGAGGAUUACCUGCUUCUAUGAGGAGUUGCCCGUGAGGGGCAUAGGCGAGAUUGUUCCGAAGCAUUCGGCUAUUCUUCCGGCAUACAACGCCAUUGGAAUACACAACAAUCACAUGGACAUGCCCAAGUUCUCCAGCGACGAAGACCCCGGCUACCUGUCUGUGUCGACUGAGAUACUGCGCUGGGUUAGAGAGCUUCAGAGGAGCACCGCGGCGCAGCAGCCCCUGCAUCAGGGUAAUGUCGGCGCACAGAAUCCUGUUCCGGGUCCGGCGUUGUACGGCGGUAUGCCGGGUUGGGCGGGGCAGGCGCCGUUUAACUCGGUCCCGCCACCAGGGCUGGUAUGGAUUGCCGGCGAUUCAGACGCCACCCCCGUCUUCGCCGUCACCGUCACCGGCCCCCCCGCGUUAUAUUGGGAGUGUGACGACGGGGACGAUUAA